CGGGGAGGGGAGGAGCGAGGGCGGAGCAGCCGCGGGGCUGAGUCAAUGCGGCGAGCGCGCCUCUUCCCUCCCCCGGCGGAGCCAGCGCGCGGUGCGCCGGGCCGCUCCGAGACAUGGCGUCGGUGCAGGAGGAGCUACAGAAAGACUUGGAAGAGGUUAAAGAGCUGUUGAACAAAGCCACAAGAAAAAGAAUUCAGGAUGUCCUGAUGGCAGAAGAGCAUAAGAUAGAGACAGAAAUCAAGAACCAGCCAGGACCCAAGCCCAAAGGUGAUGCAGUAGAGGAAGAGAAACCACCAGCUGGAGGAUAUACUGUGAAAAUCAACAAUUAUGGUUGGGACCAGUCAGAUAAGUUUGUGAAGAUUUACAUCACUUUAAAUGGUGUCCACAAGCUCCCAGCUGAGAAUGUGCAAGUGCAUUUCUCAGAGAGGUCAUUUGAUUUGUUGGUGAAACAUUUGAAUGGACGGAAUUACUCCAUGACAUUCAACAACCUGCUGAAACCCAUUUCUGUGGAUGGCAGUUCAAGAAAGAUCAAGACAGACAUGAUCCUUGUGUUAUGUAAGAAGAAACAGGAAGACAAAUGGGAAUGCCUUACUCGAGUGGAAAAAGAAAGCAAAGAUAAAGAGAAGGCUGCAUAUGACACUUCAGACCCUGGCGAAGGGCUGAUGAACCUUCUGAAAAAGAUGUAUUCAGAGGGGGAUGAUGACAUGAAAAGAACCAUUAAUAAGGCCUGGGUUGAGAGUAGAGAAAAACAAUCUAAAGGGGACAUACCAAUGGAUAUUUGAUACUACUCCAAAGAGGGCCUUAAUAUGGAUCUUCCUAUGGGACUUGCUGUGCUGCAGAGGGCAUGUCUUAUAAGUGCAUUGUUUACAUAACCUACUUCCAAGCAAAGACACUUAGCUGUUUUUGAUUUCAGGCUGGAGAAAUUUAAAUAAAGUAUGCUUAAAACCCAUUUCCCUCAAUCAAGUGGGACCCUCUUUCCUGAAGAGUACAGGGUAUUUGUCUUUCCAUGGCCUCCAAGAGCAUUUCACUAUUUUUUUGUUCAUCUGAGAAACUGACAACAUGCAACCAUUACAAAGGAAAAUAAAAGUAAGUUGUUGGUUAAACUCAAA